CGUCGCCACCGUCGCUUGAUAGAAACAGCACCGAUGACGUACUCGCAGCUUUUUUCGAGGCCUGUUAUUACCUUUACGUCACACCCGACCGUAUCCAUAGCCCUCUGCCGAGUCCGCCCACUGCUGUAUCCCUCAGAUCUUCUGCAGGAUGGUGGACAACGUCGUCGACAGGCUAUUUAGCUACCUCGAUCGAGUGUCACAACAAGAUCUUUUGUCCCUGGACGCCGAGAACAUAGAAUGGCUACCGAGGCUCGGCACCCUGCUGCCAGAAACAGCCGUCCGAGAACUCCAGCGCGUGAUUGCAGAUAGCGGCAGCACGAGUCAUUUCUUGCCGCGUAUCGCCUGGCUCAUGUGUUGGCUGAUGGAGCGGAACAAGAUUCGCCCAUGGCUGCUCUACCGUUUCGGUGCCUCAUUCUUGCAGGCCGACCACGCCUCGCUUCUGGAGGUCGUGGCAAGUAUACUCCAGCGUCCCGGUUACCGUAUGACGAUUCAAGUGAGGCACCGAGAAGGAACCUACUACGCCUGCAUGAUAAACGGUUACGCGUCUCCAGUCAACGAGGGCAACGUAAUUAUGUGCUUGGUCUUCUGGCACGGCCUGUCGUUCGCGGCCGCGUACGUUGGCCGAGCCGACCACCAGCGCCAACUCGCGGACGCCUUGCAUUACGCCCUCAACGGCGAAACCGUGGAACUCUUAGAAGGCCUUCACGCAGACCUACGUGCCGCGUUUCGUAUUGGGUGCCGUAACUUGAUCAGUUCAUUCAGCUAUCGUAUAGCUGUUGGCCCGCCUCUCGGUGCAGUGUGUUUCGUGCCACAACAGCAGCAUUCCAAUGUACCAUGGAGGCACCCCGACGGAUUUCUAUGACAAACGGAAAAAAAGUGCGGAUGGCGGUAAUUAUUCGAGUACCGUAUCUGCAAGCAGGGAUUUGACAUGGCACACGCCGUGCCUCGCGACUGAUUUGUAGACUGCAGCCUGCAGCGAUUCCAGGGCGAGACUUGUCAAGUGCCGCGUCAGCAUUCGAGGCACGCCGGGUCACUCAAUUGCGCCACGGGGGCACGGAUAACCCUUGACAAGCAAAUUGCACUGGCGGACCGCUACCGGAAGCACACCAGCUUUCACACGACACGAGUGGUGUACAUUCUUUGUCAAGAGCUUCGAUACGGCGUGGCAUUCUGACCGCAACUGCUGUGGCGCGGCCUAGUGCAGAAUACCGUGGAAGGUGAACUGCACUAUCCAAGCCAGACACUAGCCUUAACAGGUCGGUUUCCUUCUGCGCCCUUCGAACAGCAAGACGCGAUUCAAGAGCGCUCCUGAUAAAUGUGUGGGGUUUGCGCGCGAGGUGCGUAUUUGUGACGUCGCCGCGAAGACUAAGCGGCUAAAAAAUUUGUGAAUGUGACAUGAAUGACGCCAGCAUUCGUAUGCUAACUAGCUGUUUUCAUCAUUGACGAAAAAAUAAAAAUUUUAUUACAACCUUGA